AUGGCUCCCACCCGCCCCUCCGCCUCGCCCUCGCCUACCCCCCGCCGCCUCCGUGACCCGCUCAGAGCGGUUCGGAACCGUCCGGCCGUCAAGAAGCCGGCCAAGAAACCCUCCCCGAUUGUACUGACUCCUAAUGUCUCUCGGGAGGUCGCACGUUCGAUUCGUGCGCAAGAGCAGGCAGCUGAAGUGCGCUGGCUUACCAGCGCCUUCGAGAAGCUGUCUAUCCUGUACUACGACCAGGAGAUGGAGAUCGACCCUCCAACCGUCGAGGACGUCACCUCGAUUCUAUCGAGGUUGAUGAUAGAUCCGACUGUCGUCGAUCUUUCCGAGAUGGUCUCUCGGCGGACGUUGGAGGAUCCGUUCCCCGGCGACGUCGAGAUGUACGCGGCGGACCUCCCGCGGGCUCACACCCACUGGUGGGAAGCAGGGUCGGGGCUGGCUCAGCACCAGAACCUCAUGGUCCUGGGCUGA